UCUAUAACUGGCUAAGAGACCAAGCCCUCAAUCCCUCCAAAAAUCCCCAAUUUCUUUUCCCAAUUUUCUAAGGCAUAGACACCAGGAAGGUGAAUGGAAACUCCAUCUGGAGUUUACCGCUGCUAUCCACUUCCUUUGAAAAGUUGUAGGUAAUACAGUGUAUCUGGUGAACCUUUGGACCUCUCCUAGUUUAAAUAUCUUGGCCCAUCUGCCUGUUGCUUCUCUAGCCUGGCAUCAGGUUUCCAGAGCCCCUUCAGUUGUGUGUCUUCUAAAUGAGAAUAGCCAUGUCUACUUUGAGCAAGAGUGCAAGCAGUUCAAGUGAAGAAGAUGCUGAGCUCAGAAGGGGGCCAUGGACUCUUGAAGAAGACACUCUUCUCAUUCACUACAUUGCUUCUCAUGGCGAAGGCCGUUGGAAUUUGCUAGCAAAGUGUUCAGGACUGAGGAGAACUGGCAAGAGUUGCAGAUUGAGAUGGUUGAAUUAUCUGAAACCAGAUGUCAAGCGCGGAAAUCUCACUCCACAAGAACAGCUCUUGAUUCUUGAACUCCAUUCCAAGUGGGGCAACAGGUGGUCCAAGAUUGCACAACACUUGCCUGGAAGGACAGAUAAUGAAAUAAAGAACUACUGGAGAACUCGGGUUCAGAAACAAGCAAGGCAUCUUAAGAUUGAUUCCAACAGCAGGGCAUUCCAAGAUGUGAUUCGGUGUGUGUGGAUGCCAAGGUUGCUUCAAAAGAUAGAAGGGUCAUCCUCUACGUCAUCCACAACAUCCCAAGUGUCCAUAAUUCCUCAAUCUCUCAACCAUGCCGAUUCUCAGCAGCAUUCAGCAGCAGCACCACCACCAGUAGUAGCACAAGCUCCUGUGCAAGGGCCCCUCAGUAUAAACGAAACAAUCAACAAUUUGGAACAUAAUGAGAAGAAUUCAAGCUCAGAGAACUGCACCAGCCCAAGUAUAUGCUCUUCGGAAUCCAUGAACAUCUCACAAAUCUCUCAAAUUCCAGACUACCCAACAAGUCCUUUUCAGGCCAUGAGCAACAGUGACGAUUACAGCACACUCCUGAAGGGUUAUUAUAAUGUCGACAACAGUAACUAUGAGAUGGAAACCUUCAACUUGGCAUCCAUGUCAGCGCCACAGGGGGACUUCGAAAAUCCAGUUGGGGACUGCCCCAUGGUGGAAAGCAAUUGGGUGGAUAGUGAUUUGGCAGAUAGCCUAUGGAACAUGGAUGAAUUGUGGCAGUUUUGGAAGCUACAAGAGGGGGCACCUAGGCUCUUUUAACUGGGAUAACCCCCAAACAGAUGUUCAUGUUCCAUGCCUGUGACAUAGAUUAGAUAACCAAGCUAUUUUACUAUCAUAUGAUCCAUAAGAAAUAGUUAAAGAUUUUUCUUCCCAGGAAGAAAGAAAAGGAGAAACCCAAUUGUUGAUAGAAGUCCCAUAUGUAGAACUUGUGUGGUAAAAUCAUACUCAGAAGAUGAUUUAUUUUUUUCUUUUUUUGUCCUUUUAGUUUCUUUUGGGAAUAAAUGCAUUUUUUGUA